UAGAUGAUUUUCGAAUUUUCUUUCAUUUAGAAAUUUUUUCUUUGUUAGUUUUUUUCCUUAAUAAUCCACAUUACACAACAUUUGUCAUGUCGGAAUCAGAAUCGAUUGAUGACAAACGAAAAAUUAUCGUAAAAUGGUCAGGAAAUGAAUAUGUCAUUGAUAAUUUGAACGGUGUUGCUUCCAUACAAAAUCUUAAAGAAUGUAUUUAUUCGAAAACUGGUGUCAAACCUGAACGUCAGAAAUUAAUGGGUCUCAAAACGAAUAAUGGUCGACCGGUUGAUGUUGACACUAAAAUAGAACAUCUACUUAUGAAACCGGGAUUCAAAGUGAUGAUGAUCGGUAGUAAAGAAGAACAGAUUGCCAAUAUUGAUCUGGAUCCAUCAGAAAUUCCAAACGUGAUCAAUGAUUUUGAUAUCGAUGAUGAAGCAUUUGAUCAGGUUGCUAUUCAUAAUCGUAGCGAAUAUCUAGCUAAAGUGGAAAGACGGGUCAAAGAUAUUAAAAUCAAUGUAAUGAAUGCUCCAAGAGAUGGAAAAAAACUUUUAGUUCUUGACAUUGAUUAUACACUUUUUGAUCAUCGAUCAACAGCCGAACAUGCAUCACAAUUGAUGCGGCCAUAUCUGCAUGAAUUUUUGACUAGCGCUUAUCAGGAUUAUGAUAUUGUCAUUUGGUCGGCCACCGAUAUGAAAUGGAUUGAAGUAAAAAUGCGUGAACUGGGCGUUACGACCAAUCCUAAUUUUAAAAUUGCAUUCUUUUUGGAUUCAUCAGCCAGAAUUUCUGUUCAUACGGAAAAAUAUGGUGUCAUCAAUUGUAAACCUUUAGGUGUAAUAUGGGGAAAAUUUGAACAAUACAGUGCACGUAAUUCAAUAAUAAUUGAUGAUCUACGAUAUAAUUUUCUAAUGAAUCCACAGAAUGGUUUGAAAAUUAAAGCAUUCCGUGAAGCAUAUAAAAAUCAAAGCAAAGAUAAAGAGCUGUAUUAUUUGGCUAAAUAUUUAAAAAUUAUCUCCCAAUUAGAUGAUUUGUCCAAACUCAAUCAUGAUCAUUGGCAUAAAAUGAUUUAAUUGAAUCUUUUUCCUUUUUUUUGGUAUUUGUAAAAUUUUUUCUUUUCAAAAAAAAAAUUUCUAUUCAAAUAAAAUUCACAAGUAUCACGUCAUUUGUGACUGUUGUUA